AGGUGCCAGGGUGGGCAGCGAUGGCGUAAGCCAAUUAAAGAGACGCUGCCCUGCCCUCCGUGCUUUGGCUGACCACAGGUGAGGACUUCGUCAGAGGGGCACAGACGCGGAGGACUGUGACGGGGACCAUGAAGAAAACCGUGGCGACGCUGCUGCUCCUGCUGGCCUUCUUUGUGAGGACGGCGGUGGCUCAGACUGAUAAAGUCUCAGCGCAGAGGGCCAUCCCACCCUGGCUGACCGGGAUCAUCGCCGUUGUGGUCUUCCUCUUCCUCGUCUUUAUUGUCUUCAUCGUCAACAAGAUGUGGUGUGAAGGCACAAGUGUCGAGGAGCCAGCAGAGUCCAACCAGGGAAAGCCACCCGAUGGCGCGAUCCAGAAUGGCACCAGCCUCGAAGUCGUCCUCCACGACAUGCGAGACGAGGGCUACGACAACAUCUGCCUAGAGGACGACGCCAAGGUUACAAUGACCGCCAUGUGACGUCCGGUGCCAGCGACUUUUUCACUUUUGACGCACAAACAGCCAGCGGGUUGAAGACCAAGGCUUUGAGACGUGGCGCUCCCUUCACAAUGGGCAUAGAUGCCACCCUGUAGCGGUGACAAUGCAGUUCCAGUGCUUGAAGCUGCCAGACAUCAGUGUGACAAGGCCACACAAUCAGGUCACACCAUGAGGUGACAACAACUUGAACCAUUUUGUUAGCCUGCAAUGAAAGAAAAUCUCUGAGUCUGAUGACAAAUUAAAGCUCCUUCUGUCACUUGUCACUUGUCA